GAACUCCAAAAUUUAUUCACCAAAAUGAGGAAGCCUUCAGACACUUCACCAAUGAAGACUACUUCCAACAAUGUUUUGGACAGUAAUGGUGGUGGUGGUGGUGCUGCCUCAGCCGGUGGCAGUAAGCUGAGGAAGGGCUUGUGGUCUCCCGAGGAAGACGACAAGCUGAUGAGCUACAUGCUCAACAAUGGCCAGGGUUGUUGGAGUGAUGUUGCUAGAAAUGCUGGUUUGCAGAGAUGUGGAAAGAGUUGCAGACUUCGUUGGAUCAAUUACUUGAGACCUGACCUCAAACGAGGUGCCUUUUCUCCUCAAGAAGAAGAGCUUAUUAUUCAUCUGCAUUCUCUUCUUGGCAACAGGUGGUCUCAAAUUGCGGCUCGUUUGCCUGGGCGUACAGACAAUGAAAUAAAGAAUUUUUGGAAUUCAACAAUCAAGAAAAGGCUUAAGAAUUUAUCUUCGUCUUCUUCAACAACAACGACAGCACUCUCUCCCAAUAGUGCCAGUGAUAAUUCUUCACCAAAUAUGGCUAAUGGAUUCAUGUCCAUGCAUAAACAUCAACAUCAUCAACAAGGUAUGAACAUAGCCGCCAUGUACAUGAUGGAUGCAUCAUCGUCGUCAUCGACGUCAUCAUACAUGAUGGAUGCAUUGCCUCAUAAUAAUCAAGGGGUGCUCAACAUGUUUGGAAAUAAUUCAAGAGGGAAUUGGAAUCAUCAUCAUCAUCAGCAGGAGAUGUAUGUGCCUCCACUGAUGGAGAGUAUAGGCAGCAUGGAGGAGAAUGUUAAUGUGAAGAUUGAGAAUAAUCAUAAUAAUUCAUAUGAGCAUGAGAAUAAUAAUGGUUUAAUUAACAACAUGAAUAAUAAAAUAAUAAUAAUAAAGGAGAGAAUUUACGGGGUUGGGAGCUUUUGGCAAGGAUCAUCAGAAGAGAUCAAAUUUGGAGAAUGGGACUUGGAGGAUUGAUGAAAGAUGUUUCAUCUUUCCUAGUAAUUUUUUGGAUAUAUUCUAGUUGAUAUAUA